AAAUCUCAGCCGUUUUAUGUAUCUUCUCCACCCGGAAUUUCUGAUCUAUUUAGUCAAUUGCUACUGGAUUCUAUAAUGUCAUCUGUAAAAAUUGAGGUUGCUGUGAAAGAGCACUGUGAGCUUGGAGAGUCACCUUUGUGGGAGGAAAAGGAAAAUUCCCUCCUCUUUGUGGAUAUAAAGGGCAAGAAGGUCUUCCGAUGGAAUUCUCUUACUAAGGAAGUGCAAAGUGUUCCUUUGGAUGAUCUAGUGGGUUUUGUGUCCCUUCGCGAAUGUGGCGGUUAUAUUAUUGCCCAAGGAACCCAGUUUGUUGCUCUGGAUUGGAAAAACAAGUCUCUAACCCGCAUUAAUAAUGUGGACUGGGAUAAACCCAAUACUCGACUCAAUGAGGGAAAGGUGGAUCCUGCAGGAAGACUGUUUGCAGGAACACUGGGCCUUGAAAAACGGCCGGCAGUGGUAGACAAGAAGCAAGGUUCUUUCUACACCCUGUUCCCUGACCACUCUGUAGUGAAACACUUUGACUGUGUGGACAUCUCCAAUGGUUUGGAUUGGUCUCUGGAUCACAGAACGUUAUUUUACAUUGACAGUCUCUUGUACUCUGUGGACGCCUUCGACUAUGACCUGCCUACAGGAGACAUCUGCAACCGCAGAAGUAUAUAUAAGAUGGAAAAAGAAGACUACUUCCCAGAUGGGAUGAGUAUCGAUAGAGAAGGGAAACUCUGGGUUGCCUGUUACUAUGGAGGACAAGUGAUUCGAAUAGAUCCUGAAACAGGAAAAUGCUUGCAGGUUGUGAAGUUGCCUGCUAGUAUAACUACUUCCUGCUGUUUCGGUGGGCCUGAUUAUUCAGAAUUGUACGUCACUUCUGCUUUCCAAGGACUGGAUGAGGCUGCAUGGUCACGGGAGCCGCAGGCUGGCAAUGUUUUCAAGAUAACUGGACUUGGAGUGAAAGGACUCCCACCACACUCAUAUGCUGGUUAACAAACAACCUUUAUAGAAGACCAGUAUAAAGAACAGCGAAGAAAGAACGUUUAAAGUGUGACAGACGCAGAUAAAGUAAAGCAAAAUAUCACACAAAUAUUUGAGAUAGAUUUUAAUUUGCUAACA